GGGCAUUAUGCCUAUUGACAUACAUCUAACAUGCCGGCAAGCACAAGCCUACUUGAGAAUGGCAACAAAACACACGGGGAACCCCAUAUAUGAUAAAAUAGCACAAGAAAGAUCCGAAGAGAAGAUCGGCACAACCCUACAUCUUCUCGAAACCAGGUUUAAAGAAAUGAAGGGGGAGAUAGAGGUCAGCACAGUAGACAAGGAAUGCUACUACGACUCCAGGCUACCCCCUUUCUCAGUGGGCAGAAUAACAGGAUCUUUCCUUCCCACCACAACAAACCCUGCCAACAAGGAGGAAGCCAAAGAGAAAGUAAAGCAAAUACUACACGAGAUGAAGAAAACACCAACCACGGUAGUUUUCACAGAUGGUUCAUCCUUAGGAAACCCCGGUCCAACAGGGUGUGCUGCGGUCAUCUACGAGCAGUGGGGAGUAACUGAACCUUACACAGUUAGAAAACCAGUAGCUGCAAAGUCCAACAACUACGAAGGAGAGUUGCAGGGGAUCUACCUAGCACUGAACACCCUACACAGAAGUCAAAGCAAAAGCAGAAGAAUCCUCAUACUCUGUGAUUGUAAAGCGGCCCUUGAGAACGUCAGCUCGUUACAACAGGCAGAAGCUUACAACGAUCUAGUGAAUGCAGCAAGACAGAGGCUCUUUGAAAUCCAACAGAAAGGACACAACAUACAAAUUGAAUGGUGCCCAGGCCACAUGGGGGUUGAAGGAAACGAGCUAGCAGACAUGCAAGCUAAGCUAGCUGCAGAAGAAGCUAAACACACAGAGAACAACACGACAUGGACUAAGCAACAAGCAAUGAAGCACAUAGAAGAACAAGCAGUAAAAAGAUGGCAAAGAAGAAGAGAAAACCAAACAACUAGCAGCCACAUGCAGAAAGCCAACACGAGUUUGAAGAAGAAAUGCAGCACAUGGGGGUCAAGAACGACUCAGAUCUCUAUAAACCAACUCGUGAGUGGACACACGGAGCUAAACGCCUACAAAAACUGGAUUGACCCCACGGAGACACCAAACUGUAGCACAUGCGGUACAAGGGAAAAUAUAGACCAUUACAUGUAUGAAUGCCCAAAAUAUGAGAACACCAGACAACAUCUAAUGAAAGAAAUUGACAACAUAUAUGAAGACUACGGAAUCCCUCAACAAGAAAGAACGAUGGAUGUUGUAUCCCUAGCAGGAAUGCGAAGCGACCUGACGAACGAAGCAAACAAAAGGAUGUAUUUGGCGUUCACCAAAUACAUUGAAGACACGAGAAGGUUCGCCGAGCAGGUCUAGAACACCCCAAACACGCAUAUGCAAAGCACCAGUGUACAAGCACCAGCGAGGUCAACAAAUCCAAGAGCACCCAGCAG